CAGCUCCUCCUCUCUGACUGGUGUAGUCUGUCCUGUCCGACAGAGCCGUGCUCAGAAAUGGUGUAGGAUAUCAGGAAAGAAAGGAGAGGCUGCAGCCGAGGAGAGAGGACGAGGUCUGUGUUGAAGGUGGAGGACAGCGGAACGGAGCAGGAGUAGCCGUGGAUCUUGCUCAGCAGGGCAAAAGGCUGCCAUGGAAAGAGAGCAGGGGUCAAUGAGCUCCAGCCCCAGCACUGCUGCCCCCAGCAACAGUACCACCACCACCACCACCAGCACCAGCCAUGGCAACACCAGCGCCACUGCCACCAACAGGCCACAAACUCUCUCACAGAUAUCAGUGUAUGGAGGAAUCCCAGACAGACAGACGGUACAGGUGAUCCAGCAGGCACUGCACAGGCAGCCCAGUACAGCAGCUCAGUACCUACAGCAGAUGUAUGCAGCACAGCAGCAGCACCUCAUGCUGCAAACCGCAGCCCUCCAGCAGCAGCACUUGAGCCUGGCUGCAGUGCAACAGGCCAGCAUUGUGGCAGGCAGGCAGAACUGUAGUCAGAACAGCACGGCAUCUCAGCAGGCCGUAUCCUCCCAAACCACGAUUAAGCUGGCCAGCUCUCCUGCAGCAGCUGCCCAGCUGAUUAGCAGAGGUCAGGGAGUGACCUCCUCUCCAGUCAGCAUUAGCCAACAGGCCGUUCUUCUGGGGAACUCCUCCACCCCCACCCUCACCGCCAGUCAAGCACAGAUGUACCUGCGUGCACAGAUGCUCAUACUCACUCCAACCGCCACAGUCGCCGCUGUCCAGCCGGAGGUGUCCUCACAGUCGGUCAACCAGCAGACCACCAACGCACAGAUGCAGAGCCUGGUGCUGCGUGGCCAGCAGGGGGCAGUGGUCUCCUCCCCCACUCAGCCUCAGCUGCAGGGUCUUGGUUUGAAGCCAAGCACUGGAGGUGCAAAUCAGCUCACACUGCCCAGCCAACCGGGGACACAGCUAAAGAGCUCCAGCCUCCCAGGACAACAGGGCCCCACAGCAGCAGGAGCAAAGGCCAGCCCUGCAGACGCUCCCUCAGAGCCAGGGAAGACGAAUGAGAGUGCCAAUGAUGUUGGCGCACGUAUGGUCAGUGUGAGCCACAAUAUGACCACAGUGACCAGCCACCCCCUCAUUAACACUGCAUACACACAAAUCCAGACCCACCAGCUACUCCAGCAGCACAAGCAGCAGUUUGUGAUCCAGCAACAGUCCCAGUUGUCUCAGAGAAGCCAAGCCCAGCUCUUACAGUCAGCCUCCAUCCAGCCCUGCCUUCAGCCCCAAGCCCAAACCGUGCAGACUGUGGCCAUACAGCCUGCCCUGGCAGGCCAGCACUGUGCGAUCUCCGUGCUGCCCAAAGCACCCACUCCCUGCCAGCAGGCCACUGUCUUCCACUCCACUGUGACUCCUCAGGUGCUGGCCCACAACAGGCAGCCUCCCUUGCUGAGCUCCACCAAAGCCAAACAGGUGCAGAUAGCAGCCGUCAGUCUCCAGUUUCAGCCACCACCAGCCCAAACUGCUACGGCUGUGCAGGAUGAUGCUGAGGAGAAGAAUCCUCCUCCAGCAGCCGUAGAAGACUGCCGUGUCCAAGGUGAACAACAGCUGCUGUCCUUACCUACAGAAGAGCCAGCCAGGACAGAACAAUGGCAAUCUGACCACAGUCAGACAGAGCACUCAGAAGGCCCAGCUGCUGCACGGUGUGUGAAUGCUAAACCAGGUGUGGGCUUCCCUCCAGCCAUGACCUCGGGCAAUGGGAACAGUGCGCCCACUGUGACCGGCAGCACUCCUCAAAAUGGCGAGAGCAAAACACCCCAAGCAAUUGUUAAGCCCCAGAUACUCACUCAUGUCAUUGAGGGAUUCGUUAUCCAGGAGGGAGCAGAGCCUUUCCCUGUGGAACGGCCUUCGUUGCUGAUUGAGAACCUUCAGAAGCAGAAACAGCAGCAGUUCUACUCAGACCUGGAGAAAAAGGCUCAUGACACUCUCACAGCAGACUCUGAGAUGGAAGAUCUCUCACAGCAAGAUUUAAAGAACCAGGAGGAGGAGCCGACGCUCUCCUGCGAACUGUGUGGAAAAGUAGACUUUGCUUACAACUUCAAAAGAUCAAAGCGGUUUUGUUCUACAGUAUGUGCAAAGAGGUAUAACGUGGGAUGCACAAAGCGGAUAGGUCUUUUUCCAAGACGGCCCACUCCUGAGAACCCCAAGAAACAAAAAGUCUCCAAUAACAGUCACCACAGUACAAGUUCAGAGGCCAAAAAACAAAAUCACAGCACUCACACAGGCAUAGUGGGGUCAGUAUCCUCCCCACGCCUCUCCCACCUGAGUCAUGGAGAAUCCACCCAGUGCUCAGACAUGUCCAGCUAUGAAGAGCCUCCCUCACCCCUGUCUGUGGCCAGCUCUGGAGCCCAACGGCUGCUACGCAGGGAGAGGGGGUCUGAGCAUGGAGAGAGCCACAGCAGGGAGCUGCCUCUCCUUACGCAGCACUUCAUGCCCAGUGACCCUGCCAAAUGGAAUGUGGAGGAUGUGUACGAGUUUAUCUGCUCUCUGCCAGGCUGCCAGGAAAUAGCCGAAGAGUUUCGUGCUCAGGAAAUCGAUGGCCAGGCUUUGCUGCUACUGAAAGAAGACCAUCUCAUGAGCACCAUGAACAUCAAACUUGGUCCUGCACUGAAAAUCUUUGCCCGCAUCAGUAUGCUCAAAGACUCAUAGCUUGUCCCAUGGGCUGUAGCACAACACCUGGAAAGGACUGGAAAUACCCAAACUGCACUGCAUAUCCUAUAAAGGCUAGGAAUCCAGAGGAUCCAAGGUUGCUUCUCAAACUCCAAGACAUUUGGCUUGUAUUCUGCUCAUGGGCAUGAGGAUGGAAAUGACCAUCAGCCUGGUUAGCCUUGCCAUGGCUCUAUGGAUGAACAGUCAGCUUGAAAUGGCUUGGAUAAAAUACAAGCACCAGUAGCUAGACAACUAAAUUAUGGCCACAAAUGGUUCUGAUCUUCACACCAGGAAGAUUUAAUAAAAUGCGUAGUUGCAACAGAUUUACAGUUCCUUUUUUUUUGGAGCUGGAAUUAUUUUGCAUUUCACUGAUUUUUGUUUCAGUAUCAAGCUUUGUAGUUCAGGUGUUCAUCUCAGUGAGCCAAGUUGUUUUUUUUUUUUGUUUUUUUUUGUGAAAAAGGAACUUUAGACUUGCAUAAAAUGUGCCCAAUUUGUCUUAUGUGGUAGUAAACAAUGAAUAAGAUAUUUUGAUGGACGGAUCUAGAACUGCUUACAUACUGUCCUCUUAACACCAGCCUGAUUUAUUAAAUACACAAGGGUUGGUGUGCAUCGGAAAAGUAAUUACAUUCUGUCAAUACGUGCCUAACAUUCUUGUCUAUCCCAAAGAUCACCAAGAAUUCCCAUAACUCAUUUCCAUUCAGAACCACAGAGGAAUGUUUCAGAAUUCAAACGGUAACUUUUUUUCUUUUUUACUGAAACCUACCAGAGUCUUGGAACAUACACUGUUCAAAACGAGGUCAGCAAAGUCUUUUUCUGGAUCAGAAGAUGAGACCAUCCAUUUCUAAUAUGCCAACAUUCAUUCAUUUUCUGCAUUUUCCCCUCUCGCAUCCUAAAAACAACUGUGACCUAAACUUAAAUUCUUAGUAAAUGCCAUAAAACUUGUUCCACUAUUGUAAUUUACAUUCAACAGUCAAUCAAAUGUCUAUUUAUUGAGAGAAAGUUUCUGAUAUUGGUUUUGUAUUUGGAAGAAAUAAAACUGUCAAAAUUAUGAUCUUUA